AUGGAUAAUGAAAACUUGCUUCAAAAAUAGCCAACAUUUUCUUAGUCAAAAACCCAAAGAUCAUCAAGUGUUAAUCAAAACUCUUAGAAAAAAGAAAUUGCUUAAUAACUCAAACCCCAAGCUAUAUUAAAAAAAUUGGAAGAAAUCCUUUCAUAAAGACAAUCUAAAUUUAAUUAAGAGUAAUUAAAAAAGAAAAAGGGUGGUUAAUGCAAAGUUGAUUACACUGAGAGAAUAUAAGGAAAAAAGAAUGUUUAGAAGUUGUUGGAAGAUGAGAAAUGCAAAACUGAUCUACAAAAUUUUGUAUGAGAAUUUUAAAUAUUGUUAUUUUAGGUUACUGAAAAAAAAGAAAGGAAAAGUGCUCAUCCCAACAUUAAAUCAUUAUAACCAUCAGCCCAAAAUUUAUUUGAUAUAUUUUCCCAUGAUUGCAAUAGCAGAUAUCCCACUAGCACAAAUAGAAGCAGAAAGUGUGAGAUUUCUCCAAAAAAAGGAAGAGCUAAUGUAUUGAUAUACUCUUAAUCAUAAAUAGUCAAUUAUUGAAGGAUAAAACGUGAGCGAUAGAGAUAAGUUAACAUUGAUCUAAUUGAAUUAACAAUUAUAAAUGUAGAAUAACCAUUUAAAUGAAUAACUAAGAUUUGAAUAAAGUUAAAGCACUAAAUUAAGUUUAUAGAUAAUGAGUAUGAAUGAUUAAAUUACAGUAUUAACGAAGUAUUCUAUAAUUUUGUUUAGGGUAAUUAAAAGAGAGUUAGAAACUACUAGAGUAUAGAGAUGAAGAAAAUGAUGAUA